AUGGAUCCCUUCUCUGGAGAAAGUGAACUUCUUAACAUAACAACGGCUUUCUAUACUCACGCCUACAACUCCGUGCUCGACUUCGACCUCAGUGGCUUGAGCAACAACAACAAGCCUACUGCUCAGACGCUCAAAUACCGUGCCCAGAUAGCGUUAGGUCAGACAUCACAAGUCGUCUCUGCCCUUUCCAGAAGUCGGGAUCCAGGGUCCAGAGCGCUCGUUGCCUUGGCCAAGAAUGAUUUGUCCACAGCGCAGAGCUUAGCAGAAGGCAGUGACAACGAAGACCCUACCGUGCAGAUAUGUGCCGGUACCAUACUAGCCAACAAUGGCGAAUACACCCAAGCAGUUGAAGUCUUGUCAAAACAUCAAGGCAGUCUCGAAGCCGUAGCAUUGUUGACACAAAUACACCUUCAGAACAACAGGACUGAUCUCGCGCUCAAAGAAGUUGCAGCAGCGAAAAGAUGGGCUCAAGACUCCUUGCUGAUCAACCUUGCUGAAGCAUGGACGAAUUUGAGGGUAGGUGGACAGGAGAAGUACCAGUCUAGCUAUUAUGUCUUUGAAGAAUUGGCAAGCGCGCCGGGAAAUCAGAGUCCAACUGCCCUAGUAGGCCAAGCAGUCAGUGAGAUGCACCUGGGCCGAGUAGAGGAGGCGGAGGCGGCACUGAACCAGGCACUGGAGAGUGACAACGCUGAUAUACAGGCCGUGGCAAACAUGCUUGUGUUACAAUACAUUAUGGGCAGGGGCAAUCAAGACCGAGCGAAUGAGCUGAGGGCAACAUUGGAAAGUCGGGAUAGCGAGCAUCAGCUACUAUCGGACCUGAAGGAGAAAGAGGCACUGUUUUAUACAGCUGCUGCAAAGUAUUCUCCUAAGGUCGCUUCAUAG